AGCUUUUUAAUGGAAAUGUUGUAAAGUAACACGAGCGUAAUUCCCUUGAGUUCGCAUUGUUUGAAUAUAGUUCUCCUAAAGCUAAGGUCCAUUUGGUGUGCAAUGGUGACCGCUUUGACGUAUCCUGAAAGCAACGCAUACCACCCUCAGGAAUGUGUUUCUCCCGAUAUCGAGGAAUGGACGUACGAUGAGAUCGUUAAGUCGGAAUUGGAAGUACGAAUCGAGUUCCUGCAGCCCGACAUUAAACAGUGCCGGCUGUGCAACAGAGCGGAAUUUGAUCUAAUGCCGAUUUUCAACAACGCUGGCGAGCCUACGGUCAAUUCGGAAUGGCUGCAUGUCGUUCACUUGCUCGCUUCGGUUCAGAUCACCUUUGAAAAGGACGGCGACUCUAUGGUGUGCGGAUUUUGCUGCCAAAAGAUGGAAGAGCUCUGCGCUAUACGUGAGAUAUGGCAAAAGGGAAACAUUGAUGCCACAGAACAGCGACAGAUAGAACCGAGUCCAGCGAUCACACCGGCCAUUCCGAUGACUUGGAUCCCACGGGAAAUGCUAUCGUCGAUCAAGCAAGAAUCCAUCGUAAAUGGUGCCAUUGUCGCAACACCAGUGCAGAUCGACAGAUCCGAACCUGAAAACACAGUACAAACGACAGAGGCGGCAGAUCCAGGGAUUUAUCCGGGAGCCACAAAACCAGUGCAUCCCGGUGGUACCGUUGGUUCGUUGCAGAAACCUGCAGACACAGCCAGGAAGACAAAAACGAUUGAACCCGACGAUCCCGAGAAGGAGCGACUGAUACAGGAAGCCAUAAGACUCGUUUCACGAAAAUUCACACCCGUCAAACGGUUGAAGAAGAGACCAACUCGCAAGUGCCGUACCCUCCCUGUUUAAUACCAACUGUGUAUAUAUGUGUUUUGACACUAUUUAUUUUGAGCCCACAGGACUGCUCACUUCGUACAUUUCGCAACAGACCGGAUCCUGCGAAACCAGCACUUUGUCCACUAUCUCAAGUGGGGACAAUCGAUUUGCGAGCACUACGAGCUGCCUCGUUCCCUGAUUGUCGUUGCCGAAGCUUUUCGUCCUCAAUGCAAACGAUUUUGCGAAUCUAUGAAGAGAAAAUGACGAAUGAUGAAUUAUCAU